CCAAAGCAGUCCUUCCGCUGCUUCUUCACCAUCAUCAAAGAGUGACUGGAAUUUUGAUGUGGCUAUAAGUUACAAUGAUAUGGAAACUGGCCCGCUGUAUAGAAUGCUUUCGAAUGCUUUAGAAAAAGAAGGUUUCAGAAUCGGCGGGAGCUGGCCUCACCCAUUAGAAAUAAUUGAAGAAUCCCAGAUUUAUAUAGUUGUCUUCUCACAAAGAUAUGCUUUCUCACCAAGUCGCUUGGAUUCACUGGCAGUAGUGUUUGAGUGCAUGAAGGUGCCGGGUCACAAAUUUCUGCCAAUUUUCUUCAACAUCGAUCCGUCUGAACUGAAAACAUGGCUAGCUCCAUUACAGACACUACUGGAACGGCCAGAUUUGGUCAUACAAGACCCGGAAGAUCAAAGACGAGUUAUAGGCAAAAUAGCAGUGGAAGCAAAGAGAACUUUGGUCGAAGAGAAAGAGACUUUCAGAUUUGCAACGCAUGUCCAGAGGAGUGUACGGUGGUCGACCAAGGGGAUAUGGCCAUGGAGCUGUGAUGUGUUUGUAUUGAAUUUCAUAACUAAGGAAAAUUGCUCAUUUGUUGAAGACCUUCGCAAUGCUCUAUAUAUAAAUGGUCUGGUUAUGGCUUCUCGAGAUUCUUUUGCUCUAGCUCCCACGGACAAAUACAAGCUUCGUGUUUUUAUCGUCUCAAAAAACUAUGAGGCCCAAACACACUACUCGUAGGUACUGAACUUAGAGAGACGCGAGUUUGUACCAAUUUUUUGGGAGUUGGAUCCUUUUCAAGUACGUAGUGGUUUUCAUGAACUGCUUGAACAAAAGUUGGGGCCAUGUUCACUUCCUAUGCAAGAUUUGGUGGUUCAAGAUAAGAGUGAUCAGUUGUGGGUUAUUCAUAAUAUUGUUAAGACAUCUACCAAAAUUUAGGGGUAAUAAGCGUGCUUUGAUAUCAUCGCUAUAUGACAUCGAAGCACGUGAUAGAGAAAUAGAUAAAUCAGGAGAAAUAGCUACAGUUGGGAUAGGAUAUCACCAUGUAGAAAAAUUAAUUGAGCUCGUGGACUUGGGCUCAAAUUAUGAUGUGCGACUUGUAGGGAUUAGUGGGAUGGGGGGAGUAGGGAAGACAGCUCUUGCCGAAGAUGUCUUUAAAAAAAUCUCCCACCUUUUUGAUCCUGCCUAUUUCAUCUCCACUCCAACUACCGCUCAAGAUUAUCCUCCAAGUCAAUCCAUAUUAAAGGAGGCCUGUCUUCAGAUAGCUUUGCCAAAAGAAUUUCAACCUUCAUAUUUAAAAAGCCCAAGACUCCAGCGGAUGCUUGUUGUUUUUGAUGAUGUUGAGUACUCGAAACAUUUUAAUGGAGGAUGGAUUAGACGGUUGUUUGGAGGAGGAAGUAGAAUUAUCAUGACAAGCAGAGACGAGGGACUCCUUAGACAUCCUGGAGUAGAUGAGAUUCACGAGGUGGAACUAUUGAAUCAAAAUGAAGCUCUUCAACUUUUCUGCAAAAUCGUUUUCAAAAGUGAUAAACCAAUGACAGGUUAUGAGGGGCUGACCCUCGAAGCACUUAAAUAUGCUGACGGCCUUCCAUUAGCUAUUAAAUCAGUAGGUUCAUCGCUUGUUGAUCUAAGUGUCUCAGAGUGGAAAAGUGUGUUGACCAAACUUCAAACAGUUCCUGACCCUUCAGUACUCGCAGUGCUUAAGAAAAGUUUUGAUGGACUCACAGAUUGGCAAAAGAAUGCCUUCUUGGAUAUUGCAUGUUGUUUUGCAGGACAAAAGAUUGAUCAUAUCAAAGGAAUUUUAUUUUGUCGAUAUGUUUUUUCAUCUUUUCGUGAUAUGAUAAUCGAAAGUCUUAUAGAAAAGUCAGUGAUGAGCAUAUCAAGUCAAAGAAUAAAAAUACAUCCUAUCCUACAACAAUUAGCAAAAGUAAUUGUUCUUGAUGAAUCUCCUGAACCUGGACAGCGGAGUAGGAUAUGGAAUUAUGAAGAUUUCUGUUAUAUCAUGGAGACAAACACUGGAACUGAUUGUGUUGAAGUCAUAGUACUCUCAAAUGAUGAAGAACAUCCACAAGGAACAACAUUAAACAUAGAAGGUUUAUCAAAAUUGACAAGACUUAGAAUCCUUAUAUUCCACAACGUGAAAUUUUCAGGAAAUCUCUGAUCUUUCUGACUACUUGAGAUAUAUUUCUUGGCAUAAGUAUCCACUUAAUUGUUUGCCAUCAAAUCUUAAGCCAAAAUUUCUUAUGGGAUUGAUCAUGCCAGAUAGCAACAUAACACAACUAUGAAGAGCUAUAGAGCUAUCCAGAAAGAUAUUCUGCUGUUAAGGAGCUUGAACCUCUGUGGCUUUAAAGAUCUGAAGGAGACACCUAAUUUUAGAUUUCUUCCAAGUCUUGAGGGGUUAGACUUAGAAGGAUGUACUUCAUUAGUGCAGCUUCAUCCUUCUAUUGCAUCUCUUCAAAACCUGGAGUUUUUGAAUUUGAGAAACUGUACGAAUCUAAGAUAUAUCCUUGGUGGCUCUGAAGACAUGGAGGAGACACGUGAUUUUAGAUUGCUUCAAAGUCUUGAGAAGUUAGACAUGGAAGGAUGUACUUCAUUAGUGUAGCUUCAUCCUUCUAUUGCGUAUCUGACAAAGCUUAAGUUUUUGAAUUUGAGAAACUGCACAAACCUAGUAAGUAUUCCAAAUGAAUUAUUUGGCAAAAGCUCUCUUGAAUCUUUAAAUCUGGCUGGCUGCUCCAAAUUUUCCCAAAGUUUGAGGUUCAAGAGAGUAACAUUACGCUGGUCUUAUGUUAGACUUAAGGGGCUUUAAUCAUGUAUUCAUUAUAUGAACACAUCUCUUUCUUUGCAUUCAGCUCUAUCAAUAUUCUCGUCUGCUACAACAUUAAUAUGUCAUAUUUGUGUCUAUUUGCGUUUGUUAUGGAACA